UUUCGCUCUUCCGUAGGUGCCUAAAAAAUGGAUGAGAUAAAGGGAUUCUUCAAACAGGCCGGCAAGGAAUUCCUAAAUGCCGCCGGUGAUGCAGCCAUGGGUGCUGCCAAAGAAGUUAUGGGUUCAGUUAUCAAUGAAAUAUUCAUUAAAAAGGAGGCUGAAACUAAAAGGAUUUUACCCAGCAUUAAAAAUAUGAGAGUGGUAUCCAAACGAACACAAUUGCUUGGUGAAACGGCGGCAUACUCGCACAGGCCUCGUCAGGAUAUACAAGAUUUUGAUACCAUAAGGCAACAAUGUUUAAACAGUGGCUCCCUGUUUGAAGAUCCCCUGUUUCCAGCCAGUGAUGAAUCUCUUAUGUUCUCAAGACGUCCAGAUCGUUACAUCGAAUGGCUUAGGCCACAUGAAAUCUGUGACGAUCCCCAAUUCUUUGUCGAGGGCUAUUCUCGUUUCGAUGUCCAACAAGGUGAACUGGGUGAUUGUUGGCUUUUGGCCGCCGCUGCAAAUCUCACACAAGAUUCGAAUCUCUUCUUCCGUGUUGUGCCACCGGAUCAAAGCUUUGAGGAAAACUAUGCUGGUAUUUUCCAUUUCCGUUUUUGGCAAUAUGGCAAAUGGGUGGAUGUGGUAAUUGAUGAUCGUCUGCCCACCAGCAGGGGUGAAUUAAUGUAUAUGCAUUCAGCGGAAAGAAAUGAAUUCUGGAGUGCCUUAUUGGAAAAAGCCUAUGCCAAAUUACAUGGUUCCUAUGAAGCCUUAAAGGGUGGUUCAACCUGUGAAGCCAUGGAAGAUUUUACCGGUGGUGUCACCGAAUGGUAUGACCUCAAGGAGGCACCACAAAACCUCUUUAGUAUUUUGGCCAAGGCUGCCGAACGCAACUCCAUGAUGGGUUGCUCGCUAGAGGCCGAUCCCAAUGUCCUGGAAGCCGAAACCCCUGAAGGUUUGAUUCGUGGCCAUGCCUACUCCAUAACCAAAGUUUGCAUGAUCGAUAUUGCCACACCAAAUCGUCAGGGAAAAAUUCCCAUGAUACGUUUGCGUAAUCCAUGGGGUAACGAGGCUGAAUGGAAUGGCCCAUGGAGUGAUGGUUCGCCAGAAUGGCGUUACAUACCCGAUGAUCAAAAACAUGAAAUCGGUUUAAAUUUUGAUCGUGAUGGUGAAUUUUGGAUGUCAUUCCAAGAUUUCUUGCAUUAUUUUGAACGUGUGGAGAUUUGUAAUUUGUCACCCGAUUCGUUGACUGAAAGUCAACAAAACGAUGGCAAACGUAAAUGGGAAAUGUCAAUGUUUGAGGGUGAAUGGACACCAGGUGUUACAGCUGGUGGCUGUCGUAAUUUCUUAGAGACUUUCUGGCAUAAUCCCCAGUAUGUGAUAACAUUGGAAGAUCCCGAUGAGGAGGAUGAUGAUGGUAAAUGUACCGUGAUUGUGGCCUUAAUGCAAAAGAAUCGCCGUUCGAAACGUAAUUUGGGAAUGGAAUGUUUGACAAUUGGUUUUGCCAUCUAUCAUUUGAAUGAACGUGAUUUGCAAGUCCGUCCUCAGGGUUUGAGUUUCUUCAAAUAUCGUUCAUCGGUUGCAAGAUCACCACAUUUCAUCAAUACACGUGAGGUUACCGCCCGUUUCAAAUUGCCACCCGGCCAUUAUUUGAUUGUACCCUCGACAUUCGAUCCCAAUGAGGAGGGUGAAUUUAUUAUACGUGUCUUCUCUGAAACCCAAAACAAUAUGGAAGAAAAUGAUGAUCAUGUGGGCUAUGGCGAUUCGGAAGAUAAUGACAAUAGACCUGGCGGAUUGUACCCCAAUAUGCCUUCACCCGUGGCACCCCCCGUGGAUCCCCAAAAGGAGGCCUUGGCCCGUCUCUUUAAAUGUGUGGCUGGUGCUGAUAUGGAAGUUGAUUGGAUGGAAUUGAAACGCAUUUUGGAUCAUUCCCUAAGGGAUGAAUUACCAAUAACCACGACAAAUCUAGAGACAGCCACAAAUGUCAAAGAAAACUUAGCACCGUUAAUGGCCCAGGAAAAUGGUAAUGUGCCAAAUACUAACAACAACAAUGAACUCGAUGUGGGCAAUAUUUUGAAUAGCAUCGUCUCAUUGUUGUGUGGCCUUUGUAAUAAAGAUAAUAGUGUACAAGAAAUGUUUGGAUUAGAUGAUCAGAACAAUACGACGCAACGCCUGUAUGACCCUAAUCGCACAGAUGACUACAACAGCCAGGUAAUGACUGCCACACCCGAAGGCUUCUCCAAGGACAUUUGCCGUUCCAUGGUGGCCAUGUUAGAUGUAGACAAAUCGGGUAAAUUAGGUUUGGAAGAAUUUGAAGCCCUCCUCACCGAUAUUGCCAAAUGGAAGGCUGUCUUCAAAAUCUAUGAUGUCCAUCAGACGGGACGCAUUGAUGGUUUCCAGUUGCGUCAAGCCCUUAACUCAGCUGGUUAUCAUUUGAAUAAUCGCAUUCUGAAUGCCCUGGUACAUCGUUAUGGUUCACGGGAUGGUAAAAUUGCAUUUGAUGACUUUUUAAUGUGUGCCGUUAAGAUUAAGACAUUUAUUGACAUUUUCAAGGACAAAGAUACGGAAAAUACCGAAACGGCCACAUUUACCAUGGAUGAAUGGAUUGAAAGUACAAUUUACUCAUAAUUCGUUUUUUU